AUCCUUACGUUUUUAAAAACUAACUCUGCAUUAUCUUUGCAUUUAACUCACUUACAGCUAAUAUAUUAGAAUUAUUACACAUUUUUCUUACUAAUCAAAACUAGAUCUAAAAUAUUCUAUUUUUCAAAAGAACUAGAUCUAAAAUAUCAAUACGAAUUUUUCAUCGUAAUACUCCCUCCGUUUUACAAUUAUGUUCCUACGAAUAAAUAUAAAUACUCCGUACAUGAUCGUAUGAACACAAAAGAAAAAGGAAAAAGAAAGCAGGCAGGACGUUGGAUUCACUCCACACAUGACACACACCGCGUUAAUUCAUUCUCCUCCUUGAUCUCUUCUCCUCUCAUUUAUAAUCCUUUUAUAACUCCCUUUUUUGGAAACUAUUAAUCCCCAUUUUUCUUUCUUUCUUCCUCCUAUAAAUAUAUUACAAUACCACACAAAAACUUCAUCCACCCCUAGAAAAAAAAAAAAAAAAAAAAAAAACACUCACUAUCUUUUCACUCUUCUUCUACAAAUCAUAAAAUCAAAAUUUUCAAAAUUUCAUCUAAUCAAAAAUCUAAUUUUAUUUAUAUUCAAUCUAAUCCAAUUUAAUCCCCCCAAAUUCACAAUUAUUUAUAUUCAUAAAUCAUAAAUCAAUCUCACCAUUUUAUUUCUUUUCAUCAACCCAAAUUCCCAAAAAAAAAAAAAGAACAAUUUUUUUUAAUUUUUUAUUUUACAUGCAAAUCCAUUUUUUCUAAAAAAGUUGACACACCCAUUUUACUCCGCCAUGACAAGGCGGUGUUCUCAUUGCUCAAACAACGGUCAUAAUUCUCGUACAUGCCCAACUCGCGGCGGCGCCACCGCUAACUCAACCGCCGGUUCCGGCAGCUCGUCCGGUUGCGGAGGCGCUAGAGGCGGCGGCGGCGGCGGAGGUGGUGGUGGGGUGAGGUUGUUUGGGGUGAGAUUGACGGAUGGGUCAUUCAUGAAGAAGAGUGCAAGUAUGGGAAAUCUGUCUUUGUAUCACUCAAAUUCAUCAGCUGCUGCUUCACCAAAUAAUAAUAAUGCUAAUUCUGCUUCUGAUGAUCAUGGGUAUCUUUCUGAUGAUCCUAAUCAUGCUUCUUGUUCAUCUAAUCGUCGUUCUGAGAGGAAAAAAGGUAAACCAUGGACAGAGGAGGAACAUCGUUUAUUCUUAAUUGGUCUGCAGAAGUUGGGUAAAGGAGAUUGGAGAGGGAUUGCACGCAGCUAUGUGGUGUCGAGGACUCCUACCCAGGUGGCAAGUCAUGCUCAGAAGUACUAUAUUCGACAGAAGAAUGCCAGUCAUAGAAAGAGGAGAUCUAGCCUUUUUGACAUGGUAACUGAAGAGCCUGAGACUGUGCCUGAAGAACAAUUACUCCCCCCUCCGCCUGAACCUAGAGAAACCGAUAACGCAACCUCACUGCCAUCAUUAAAUCUCUCUCUUAGUACAGAACCUGAGCCCAUGGAAGCCACUUCCACAGAAGAAGUUAAAGCAAAUAAUGAAACUCAGUCACUCCCGAACAACUUGACACCUUCUGUUCCUGCUUUCUAUGUACCCAUUCCAUAUCCACCCUUCUGGACACAACCCACAAUCCACCCCGAAGAGGAUAAAAAUGGUGAAAACUCACAGCAGCAUCAGGUCCUAAAGCCCACCCCAGUGCUUCGGAAAGAACCUGUGAAUGUUGAUGAACUUGUGGGACUGUCUCAACUCAAUCUCAGUGAGACUGAAAAGUCCCAUGUAGUUCCUCCACAGCUCUCUCUUAAUCUUCUAAGUGCUCCAUCUCGACAAUCAGCAUUUCAUGCAAGUGUUCCUGUUAGCAGCUUAGACCUCACUGAAGGAAAGAACAGCGUGAUUCAAGCAGUCUAAAGGAUUUGAAGAGGAUAAUCUUUUAUCCAUCUUUUGGAUGUCUUUUGUUCUGUUCGAUGUAAACUAUCUUUAUUGUAGCUGGUAAUAGGGUGCUGAUAGCAGUUCUUAGCUUUCUGUCUUUGGCUUAUGAACCUUUUAGAUUAAAUUUUAUUAGUUGAUUUACAUUCUUUCUCCCUGUAAGGAAACUAGAAUAUUUCAAUAAUUGAGAAGAAAAAAAGAAAGGGAAGCAAAAUGGCCAUCUUGUACAUCAUCUUUGAAGAAUCAA